AUGCCAUCCAGAAUAUGUAUUCGAUGUUUCAAUUCUAGCUCAAAUAGGUUAAUAUUGAGACAGUAUAUAUCUACUGCCUCUAAUUCCUCAAAUAGUGCAACCAAUGUCGGUCACAGUGUUUCCACUAGACAGCAACUAUACGUUACCGAUCCAAUUUCACCAGGCUCGAUAUUCUUUUUGCCUAAUGGUACUAAAGUAUUUAACAAGCUAAUCCAGUUUAUGAAGCUUCAACAACAAAACAAGUAUGGUUUUCAAGAAGUUAUUACCCCAUUGAUUUAUAGAAAGAGCUUGUGGGAACAAUCUGGCCAUUGGGAAAAUUAUAAAGAUGACAUGUUUCGGGUUGAAGGAAAUGAUUCCACGAAGGAGGAAUUUGGUUUAAAACCUAUGAAUUGUCCUGGCCAUUGUGUUAUGUUCCAAAAAUUUGAUAGAUCAUAUAAUGAGUUACCGUUGAGAUUCUCUGAUUUUUCUCCUUUACACAGAAAUGAAGCUUCUGGUGCUUUAUCUGGAUUGAGUAGAGUGCGAAAGUUCCAUCAAGACGAUGGGCACAUAUUUUGCACAACUGAUCAGGUCGAGGAGGAGAUUGAGAAGUGUUUACAAUUGGUAGAUCUUUGUUACUCCACUGUAUUUCCAUUAAGGAAAGACAUGAAGAAAAGUUUUGGAUAUAAGUUAUGUUUGUCAACUAGACCAGAAAAAUAUAUCGGAAAACUAGAGGUUUGGGAUCAUGCAGAAUCUGUGCUUAAAUCUAUCCUGGAGGAUUCUGGGAAACAAUGGUCAAUUAAUAAAGGGGAUGGUGCUUUUUACGGACCAAAGUUAGAUAUCCAUGUGGAAGACCACAUAGGCAAGUAUCAUCAAGUUGCUACUAUACAGUUGGACUUUCAGUUACCAGAGAGGUUCAAUCUGAAGUAUAAAGAUGCGGAUGGCAGUUACAAACAACCAAUAAUGAUACAUAGAGCUGUAUUUGGUUCCUUAGAAAGAUUCAUGGCUAUUCUAAUGGAUUCAAAUAACGGCAACUGGCCGUUCUGGCUUAACCCAAACCAAGCAAUGGUGAUUCCAGUGGCUAAUGAUAACAAAAAGAUUAUUGCUUUCUCUAAGAAGGUCAUAGGAAAGUUACGCGGCGAAGAUUCUGAUCCUAGUAAACCUAUCCAGUUAAACAGCUUUCACUUUAACGUAGACAUUGACACGAGGGAUGAGUCAGUAAGUUAUAGACUAAGAGAUGCGAUAGGCAAGAAAUAUUCUUAUAUUAUUAUGAUAGGGGAGCAAGAGGUAUCAAAUUUAAAGGUUGCAUUGCGCUCACGUGAAUCACGUAAGGUGGAUAUGUUGACAUUGGAUGAACUAUUCGAGAAAUUUUGUGAUCUUGAAAAAAACUAUAAAUGA